AUGCUCGGUGCAUCCACCCCUCGCCUCGCAGUCAAUCUAAGUUGCGCAGGAGGUCUAGGCUUCAUAGCCGGUGGCACAGAUCCUGCAAACCUCAACAAGAUGCUCGAUGAGUCAAAACGCCUUCUACCAGACCAUCAAAGCAAAAAGUUUGAGGCACGAUCGGACACCUUGCCCAUUGGAGUUGGGUUCCAGCUCUUCAACUCCAACCUCAAUGCCUUAUCAGGGGCGCUCUCAAUGCACAAACCAGCAGUAGUGUGGCUUUUCGCACCAAAGUUAGAAGAGGAUCUGCGUGUCUGGGCUACGAAAAUUCGCGAUGUAACGGAUGGGUUGACCCGGAUUUGCGUACAGGUUGGAAGCGUGGCGGAAGCAGAGCGAAGUGUAGCACUCGCCGAGCCUGACUUUCUCGUCAUGCAGGGUGCGGAUGCUGGAGGACAUGGUCAACGCCAAUCUGCAAGCAUAAUCUCGUUAGUACCAGAGGUCAAAGACAGACUCUCGGCCAUGGGGAAAGCUCACAUUCCGGUACUUGCAGCUGGUGGCAUAUCAGACGCGCGUGGUGUGGUUGCUGCAUUGGCACUUGGUGCUGACGGAGCUGUCAUGGGCACGAGGUUCCUCGUGGCUGAAGAGGCUGGAAUUGCGGAUGGAUGGAAGCGGGAGCUGGUUAAGACAAGCGAUGGCGGAGUGACAACGAUGAGGUCUACGUUGUGUGACCGCCUCAAGGAGAACCAUGAUUGGCCAACUUCGUAUGAUGGACGAGCGAUUAGGAAUAAAGGACAUGAAGACGAAGAGGCGGGCAUGCUAGAUGUGGAGAACGUGAAGCUGUAUAAAGAAGAGUUGGAGUGUGGGGAUAGCGCUUGGGGUCCUCACGGGAGGAUGGUGAUUUAUGCCGGGACAGGGAUUGGUCUGCUCCGCGCGGUCCAGCCGGUGGAAAGUAUCAUGGAAGAGACUAUAAGAGAGAGCAGACAUAUCAUGGACCGCUACUAUGUUAAUGCAAUAGCGAGCCAUUUAUGA